AUGGAAGAUGAUAUUGAUUUAGAUCUUUGGAAUUUAUGUGCAGAAGCGGAAGCAUUUUUCAAGAUUCUAGAACUUCUGAACUCACAUGGAAGUAAAAUUGGUGCAGUGCCAGAGAAAAUUGACGAUAUGCAGAAUACUGUCCCCUCUUCUAUUCAACAAACAUUGGACGAAGUAUAUGAUUCUUCGACGAACAAGGUUAGGAGGCUAAUGAGAUUGCGCUCAAUUCACUGCAAUGUAAAGAUUAUAAAGGCGGUAGGAUUCAUGUCUCAAUUGUUUGGCUACACAAGACCAAUUACAAUUUUAGGUUUUUCAGAAAAUCAACGAGCGAUCAUGGCCGAAGAAGCACGGCGGCUCAAUCUUAAAGAACAAAUUGUUGAUGAAGUUCCUCCGGUUCAAUUUGUAGAUAGACUAGUCAUUCUGCAUCGAUCUCCGCCUAGACACACAUCCACCUCCUUCUGGACCACUACUUACACCUACUAG